GGUCGCAGUUGUAAAUGAGAACUUGUUCUCAACUAGCCUACCUGGUUAAAUAAAGGUGAAAUUUAAAAAUAUAAUAAACAUUCUGUUUUCUGCAGACUACAUCCAGCCGGUGUGUUUACCCCACUACGGCCAGCGCCUGAUUGACGGCCAGAUAGGGACAGUGACAGGCUGGGGAAAUGUAGGUUACUAUGGUACUCUUGCUGACGUUCUUCAGGAGGCUAACGUGCCAAUCAUCAACGACGCUGUCUGUAACGCCCCUGAUUACUAUGACAACCAGAUUACCACCAGCAUGUUCUGUGCUGGCUUUGAGAAGGGUGGUACCGAUGCCUGUCAGGGGGACAGCGGGGGCCCGUUUGUGGCUGAGGACUCCCUGUCCAAGGCCAGCCGCUACCGCCUGCUGGGGGUGGUGAGCUGGGGAACAGGCUGUGCCAUGGCCAAGAAGCCUGGCGUCUACACCAGAGUGUCCCGCUUCCUACCCUGGAUCUCCUCAGCCAUGAGGACGUAUCACAAUUCACCAGGAGUGCACAAAAUGGCGCGUACAUGGGAGCACUGACCUUUAAGGGAUCAGAAAUUACCAAAAUAUUAUCCAUUCAGACUUACUGCACUUCACCUGUCCAAAAACCCAUCCUAUUAGGGGAACCUUGUGCAGCAAUUGGAUGUAUAGGUAAAUUCAGCUAGAUUACCUGAGGAAACCCUUGAAAUGGUAGCUUGACCAAAGAAUAAUCAAUAGGUGUAUGGUGAAAUGAGAAAGCAUCAAAUGAAAAGACUUAUGGGACUUGCAUGACAAAGUCAUAGAAAAUCACCACUCUGCCAGCCAAUGUGCAGAUUGUACUGUCAUGGGGAUUAUGUGUAUGUCAUCAAAGGGUUCAUUUUUGUAUUCAGAGUUUUCUUACAGUUUGACUCUUUUAGGUGCAACCAACUUAUGAUACACAUCAAGUCUGUGUAUCAAAAUGUAACGCUCAAACAGAUGUUAAAUAACAUUCUGGAUAGUUUUGCCUUGAAGUUUCUCCUUUAUAUGAUUCCCUUGAACAAAUAAUGCCAAAGUUACUGAAGAGAUUUUAACAUAGACAACAUGUAGCUGAAAUUCCCUAAGACCUCAAAUGUUUGUAACAAAUAAAAACAUUAGUGUCAGAUAUUCA